GCUGCACAGGUGCAUACGGGCCAAUACACUUGCCACCAAGCGAUCCGAGCUUGCACAAAGGGGCCACUUUAGAGCAGAGAGGUUGUGAGAAAUGGCUAAGGUACUAUUGUCGGUCUUACUGGUCCUGGUGGCCGUGUCCUCUUCCCUGGCUAAACCAGAGAAGGUCACGAAGAAAGAGAAGAGGAUUCCUCAGACUCUCUCCAGAGGAUGGGGUGAUCAGUUGAUCUGGGCCCAGACAUAUGAAGAAGCCUUGUUCUGGGCUAGAUCCAGGAACAAGCCCCUCAUGGUCAUCUUUCACCUGGAGGACUGCCCCCACAGCCAGGCUUUGAAGAAGGUCUUUGCAGAGAAUAAGGAGAUUCAGAAGAUAGCCGAUGAUGACUACAUUCUCCUCAACCUUGUGUAUGAAACCACUGACAAGCAUCUUUCACCUGAUGGUCAGUACGUGCCCAGGAUCGUUUUUGUUGAUCCAUCCAUGACUGUGCGUGCUGACAUCACUGGGCGCUAUGCCAACCGCAUGUACGCCUAUGAGCCAUCUGACAUCAAACUCCUGUUGGAGAACAUGCAGAAGGCCAAGAAAUUCCUGAAGACAGAGCUGUAAGGCUGAGGACGUCUCCACCCCCCCCUCACCCCUGAUGUGAAGGCAAUGAGCUAGAGUGCGAUACCACACUCUGCCACAGUUUACUGAUGUAAAGCCAAGCACUGGAGAAAUAUUUCACUUUUAAACUUUGUUUUUAGUUUUUGUUUCUGUCAUUUUCCUUUUGAAUGUAAUGUAUGACAUGCCUUUUUAAAAUAAAUGCAAGUUCUCAAACAA